AUGGAGAAUAAAAGGAAUGUGACUGAAUUCAUUUUACUAGGUCUUACACAGAACCCCAAAAUGCAGAAAGCAGUGUUUAUGAUAUUUUUGAUUCUGUACUUGGUAACGCUUUCAGGCAACCUGCUCAUUGUGCUCACCAUCACCACCAGCCCGGCUCUGAACUCCCCCAUGUACUUCUUCCUGACCCACCUCUCCUUGAUAGACACCAUUUAUUCCUCUUCUUCAGCUCCUAAGCUGAUUGUGGACUCUCUUCACAAGAAUAAAAUCAUCUCCUUUAAUGGGUGUAUGGCUCAAGUCUACGCAGAACACAUUUUUGGUGCCACUGAGAUCAUCCUGCUGACAGUAAUGGCCUAUGACCGCUACGUGGCCAUCUGCAAGCCCCUGCACUACACCACCAUCAUGAGUCACAAGCUGUGCAUUCUCCUGCUGGGAGUGGCCUGGACAGGAGGGUUUCUCCAUGCAACCAUUCAAAUCCUCUUUACGGUCUGGCUGCCCUUCUGUGGCCCCAAUGUCAUAGAUCACUUUAUGUGUGACUUGUACCCUUUGUUGGAACUUGUCUGCAUGGACACACAUACUCUUGGUCUCUUUGUUGCUGCCAACAGUGGUUUCAUUUGCCUGUUAAAUUUCCUGCUCUUGUUGGUCUCCUAUGUGGUCAUCUUGCGUUCCCUAAAGAACCAUGCGCUGGAGGGGAGACGCAAAGCCCUCUCUACCUGUGUGUCUCACAUUACAGUGGUUGUCUUAUUCUUUGUGCCCUGCAUAUUUGUGUACCUGCGCCCAGUGACCACGUUGCCCAUUGAUAAAGCUGUGGCUGUCUUUUAUACUAUGGUGGCUCCUAUGUUAAAUCCUUUAAUCUACACCCUCAGAAAUGCUGAUGUAAAAAAUGCUAUGAGGAAGCUCUGGAGGAAAAAAGUAACCUCAGCUAACGAUUAA